UCUGGCCGUUGAUGAUUUCCUCUCCGUGUGCGGCUGAAAAGGUUUUAUCAGUCCAUGAGCCAUCUGGGAACUUCAGACGCUGCUGCAAACCCUCGGGUUCUUUCAGUCGUUGCAGGAUGAAGGUGUUGCAUGUAGUGUUGCUCGCUGUAGCUUUCAGCACCUGCGUUUUUCAUGCCGCACGUGGAGAGGAAAUCAUCCACGGCAAGAAAGCCAAGAAGAACACGCUGAAGUACAUGGCAUCUGUGCAGCUCAAAAACGAGCACAUGUGUGGAGGAUUUCUCAUAGACCCCGGCUACGUUCUCACCGCUGCUCAUUGUUACGAACGAGGCCUGACUGUGGUCCUGGGGACUCAGAACAUCGAUCCAAACAAGAGCAAGCUGAGACGAUACGCAGUGAAAAGUGCAUACAAACACCCAUCCUACAAGAAUGUCAGUUCUGGGUUUGACCUCAUGCUUCUGAAGCUUUCAGAGAAAGUCAACCCGAAAGAGAAAGGCAUAAAGAUCAUCAAAUUCUCAAACAAGCGCAAACCGAUCAAACCCAAAACCAAGUGCCAGGUCGCAGGAUGGGGAAAAACUGAAAAACAGAACAUGGUGAAUGACCUCAUGGUGGUUGAUGUAUCAACUAUAGAUAUCUCCAUCUGUAGGAACGCAUGGAGUAAAAAACUCCCAUCGAACAUCCUGUGUGCAGGAGGCUACGAGACCAAAAAUGGAGCGUGCCAGGGUGAUUCUGGUGGGCCUCUGGUGUGUCGGGGUCUGGCAGUGGGCAUCGUGUCCUUCAAUUUAAAAAGAAACUGCACUUAUCCUAAUCUGCCGAACGUCUACACUGAGAUUGCACCGUACGCCGACUGGAUCAAGAAAGUGAUCAAGAGAAAUACUUGAUGUAUUUUAUGUUUUUCAAGAUCAUUCAAUGGCAUAAAAUGCUUAUAAAAUUAGCUGAUGCUUUUUUUUUUGGUUAAAAUUGUAUGAGUCAGAGCCUGAAGAAACAGAAACUUGAGAAGGUCUUAUAGAAUGUUCGGCAGAGACCACAUCAAAGCUGAACCACAUCCUUUAGACUGCUGGGGAAAAUUUGAAACAACAAUGUGAGAUAAAUUACUUUAUAUAAACACUUUGUUUUUAUCUGAUGGGUGUAACACCAGAUCUUUUAUCGCACUCUGCUUCGUAAAACCUCUGCAUUUUUGAUUAGAAAUAAACACAAA